GCAGUUAUGUAUUAUCGAUAAGGUAAAUAGGGAGGCUAAUGCCUUUAUUCAUUUGGAGAUGCAGUUUAAAGAACCCGAGUGAAUUUUAUUUUGAGGGCAGUUCUCCAUGAUAUACCCUUUACAGAACUGCCUUAGAAGUACUCGGUUCCUUGUCAAACCAUCAGUAUUAUGUUCCCUUUUCCGUGCUUACUCUGAAAGUUCCACUCUUGCUCUGCCUGUGGAAUCUUCUCACUUCACUGGAUCAAGUGAAGUUGUAGGACAAUGUUACAUUGACAUUGUGGUAAGUAAAGUUCAAGCUGGGAGCAGUGUGAAUGCAAUUUUCGAGUCUCUAUCGAAUAAUCGAGAAUGUAACUCUAUACAGCUUUCCCAUGACCUUAUUGAUAUAUUGUUGCAUCGGUUCAAGGAUGACUGGAAAUCUGCAUUGGGUGCCUUUAAAUGGGCAGCAUCACGCCCAGGCUAUAAUCACUCUCGCCAGGCAUAUGAUAUGAUGGUUGACAUCCUUGGUAAAACGAAACAAAUGGAUCGAAUGAAAGAGUUCUUGGAGGAAAUGCGUCAAGGUUACCUCGUUACGCUUAACACGAUAGCCAAGGUUAUGAGAAGGUUUGCGGGGGCAGGGAAAUAGGAAAAUGCUGUGAGGAUAUUUGAUGAAUUGGAAACUUUUGAAUUGGAGAAGAACACAGAGUCAAUGAACUUGCUGCUUGACACCCUUUGCAAAGAGAAAUAUGUUGAAGAAGCACGUGAUAUUUUCUUGCUGCUCAAAUCAUACAUUGCACCUGAUGCUGACACAUUUAAUAUUUUCAUUCAUGGCUGGUGCAAAAUCAAUCGCGUUGAAGAGGCACAUUGGACAAUUCAAGAGAUGAGAGGACAUGGUUGUCACCCGUGUGUCAUUAGCUACUCAACUAUCAUCCAGUUCUAUUGUUUCCGAAACAACUUUCAAAAAGUUUAUGAACUCCUUGAUGAAAUGGCUGUCCAAGGUUGUCCUCCCAAUGUUGUUACUUUCACUACAGUCAUGAGCUCACUAUCAAGGGCAGAGAGGUUCGAAGAAGCUCUGCAACUUGUUUUGAGACUGAAAACUGCUGGGUGUAGACCUGAUACACUUUUUUACAACUGCUUGCUCCACACACUGGGUCGAGCAGGAAAACUGAAAGACGCAAUUAAUGUUUUCGAGGUAGAGAUGCCAAAGACUGGUGUUGUCCCAAAUACAUCAACGUAUAAUUGCAUGAUCGCUAUGCUUUGCCAUCAUGGUCAACAACAGAAGGCCCUAUCUCUUCUUCAAAACAUGGAGAAUUUGACAAUUUGCAAGCCUGAAGUUCAGACAUAUUACCCCUUGCUGAAGUCAUGCUUUAAAACUGGGAAGAUAGAUACUCUGUUGAGCGAACUAUUGAAUGACAUGGUUAAUAAGCAUCAUCUAAGUCUUAAUAUUUCUGCUUACUCACUUUUGAUUCAUGGACUUUGUAGAGCAAACAGAUGUGAGUGGGCUUACAACCUGUUUGAAGAGAUGAUUAGCAAAGACAUAACACCAUAUCAUCGGACUUGCCGUUUACUUUUAGAUGAAGUCAAAGCGAAGAGUAUGUAUGAUGCAGCUGAGAAAAUUGAAGGUUUCAUGAAGAAAUUAUGAACUUCUCCAAGCGAGCAUUUAUUCCUAUCUCACCAUGAAAUAUUCUCUUUAACGGCACCCAGACAUAGACUUACAACUGUCUGUAUUUGACGAUGAAAUGUGACAUAAGCCUUUGUGGUUUUAUUUGAUAAUUUUUUGGUACAUUUUAAUAUGACAUAUUAUGUUACUUUAUUUUAACAGAAUAUAACCAAAAAG